GUUUUCUUCGGCAUCUGCAGCCAGUGCAAUGACGCGGCGAAAGCUUUCGUGGAGGGAGCGCAGUGCUUCGACCUCAUUGGCCUUGCGGAGCAUCACCUUACGCGCCCCCAGUGCGACGCCGAAGAGCAGAGGUUGCGCCGAUACGGGUGGCGCUCCAUGCACUCCUGGACGCCAGCCACUAGCAGCCGCAGAGCAGCCGUGCGGCCAGGGCAAGCAGAACGCAGAGAAGGCACGCCAUGUUGGCUACGCCGCAAUGACCUCAAUACCUUCUCACACCCACCUGAUAAGACGGGCGAGGGCGCCUUCCAUGACCAGCUCAGCGACGCCACGGUCACACUCAUCCGUCUACGCCAUGGCACCUUCGCGCUCAUCAGUUGCUAUCUGGACUGCAGCAUCGGGCUCGUGGGUAACAACGGCACCAAGCUGGGCAACAUCCUCAGGGUCACCAGGUCGCUCGGGGUGCCGUGGAUCAUAGUCGGGGACUUCAACUGUACGCCAGAUGAGAUGGCUCCAUCCCGCUGGCCGCAGGCACUCAAGUGCAAGAUCCUGGCGCCAGACGCCGACCUCACCUGCGCCAGCGGCAAGGGCCGAAUCCCCGACUAUCUGUUAUAUUCCGACUCAGCCAGACCAUACAUCAAAUCAGUGGACGUAGUGCGCCAAGUCCCAUGGGGGCCGCACCUUGGGCUGCGCAUCCAGCUCGCGGCCAGGCCAGGCGAAGUCCAAGCCCGUAUUCCGUGGCUCCCCAGGAGGUUCGAGAUCCCGACCGUAGAGACCCAGAUCACCAAAGGUAUCAAGCGGGCACAGAGGGACAGACAGCAGUACGAAAAUGCCGUCGAGGAAGGUUUGGGCGAUGAUGAGCUCGCGAACCUCCAGCACUUGGUGAGCGAGACCUACACCAAGAAACACCAUGCCUUCUGCGACGACGAUGCAUGGGCCAACGCCAAGGACUACGCCGCCCAGAGCCAGCUGGGGCAACUCCCGCCCUGGGUCCAAAGCUCCCUGGCGUACAGGGCCAACCCAGACUGCGCGGACAGCUUGGGCGAUAGGUACGGCUACUGGGCAAUGGCGGCGGAGAAGAUGCUCGCAUACCUAUGCGAGGUCAAGCCGCGCGACAACGCCAGGCGCGACCAGCCCAUCAAGUAUGUACGGACUGCAGUUACCAGCCACCUGAAGCAUCAGCCAGGCCACCAAGGGGCGGCUCGGAGACCCGAAGUCAACAUGUGGGGCACACUGCAAGGCAGGCUGACUGGGCUCAGCAAGGUAUGCCUCAUGACUAACGGCACCUCUGGGCAGCGUGCGGCCAUCGAGCACGUGAUCAUCCUCACAUGCCAACAGAUCAGGGACGCUCAGAAGCUCACGGAAGACGACCCCAGCGAAGACAGCAGGGCACUCCGAUAUACGGAGGCACUCGUCCGAGGCCAGCGCCUACCAGUCCCAGAUGACGAGCAGGACGAAUGGGUGGCAACAGUAGAGGCAGUCCGCCAACGUGCGGAUUCACACAACAAGAAGGCUUGGCAGGAGGCCAGACCUGCAGUACGCCACUGGACAGAACAAGCUCUCCAAGGAUCGAUGGUCGAGGGACACGGGUACUUCAGCAAGCCAGAGCGGAAGGACCUCAGCGAAGUCACUAUCGACCCACUGGAUGGACACCCAGAAGGCGACCUCCAGGAGGGGGUCAACCUACGCAGGGCAGCUUGGGGCAGGCGCUGGCAGAGGGACACGGACUCGCAGGACCUGCAAGCAGCCAUGGAAGGCCUGCGCGCCAAGGCCGACGCGGCCAACCGCAACCGAAGGCCAUGCGAGCUAGCCGAUUUGGACAAAGCCGUGCGCCAGUUCAAGAAUAGCACAGGCAGAGGCACGGACCAGUGGAGUCCAGCAGAGCUGGCCGCCCUUCCGACCCCAGCCAGGCACGAGUUGACCGACCUAAUCAAUGAUUGCGAAGCAACGCUGUCCUGGCCCCACCAGUUCUACCACGUAUGGUACCAGCUCCUCAGGAAGAACGACAGCGCGGUCGCAGGGGAGGAAAGACCCAUCGGGCGAUUCCCCAUCUUGGUUCGAGUCUGGGGCAGACUCACCAAGCACGAGGUGGGACACUGGUGUGACGAGAGGGCUGCAUUCUGGGACGCAGCGGUGGCUGGCAGCUCCGCGCUCCAAGCCUUCAUCGUCGCGGCCUGCCUGGACGAAGCGGCUGCGCGCGGGCAUUCAGCUGAAGCAUGGGCAAGCUUGUUUUUGGACUUAGAGAAGUUCUAUGACAACAUUAACCUGGUCAAGCUCAUCAAGAAGGCGGAUGCCCUGGAGUACCCGCCCGUCGAGCUCUACGUAUGCACCCUGAUGUAUGUGGCGCCGCGGGUCGCGCGAGCCUCAGGUCCGUACGGAGCCCCACUGGUGCCAUGCAACAGCAUCGUUGCAGGCUGCAAUCACGCCAACAAUGCGGCUCGCACGAUGCUAUACGACAUCCUCGAACUUGCGCACCGCACUGCGCCGAAGGCAUGGCCACGGCAGUAUGUCGACGAGGUGCAAAUCCGCGCGGAGGGAGCAUGCAGCAUUGUGGGGCACCAGAUAGCCACCAGCGCAGCAUCCAUCAUACGAAGCUGUGAAGCCGACCAGCUGCCCAUCUCAGGGAAGUCUGCGGUGGUCGCCUCGCACCCAGCCGUCAGAGACGCAGUCGGCGCCACAGCGGCUGCCAUGGGCCUCGCCCUCGCGCAGGCCGAAAUCAUGAAGGGCCUGGGCUGCGACACCACCAUUGGGAGAAGGAGACGCAGAGCGACCCAGGCCAAGCGUGCAUCACAGGCCAGGCAGCGGAAGAAGCGGGCCAAACAGUUCCUGCGGGCAGCCCGUUGGAGAAGACGAUCAGCGAGCCUGUACCGCACCAGCAUCAGGGCCAACCAGCAGCACGACCAGGCCGCAACGGGCAUGACCCCACACGACAUCAUCAGGGCACGAGCUGAGGCAGCCGACAUGGCGGGCAUCACGGCGGGGCACCGAUGCACGGCUACGGCUAAGGAACCGUUGACGGCCAACGUCACCCGCCAACUUCGCGAAUGGGUGCGCAUGUGGAGACGCAAUGAUGACCUACGCGGCCACCUCCGCGAAGCAUGGCACCGCGUGCAGAUCCACCUGAACAGCGUCACCAAGCGAGGCCGAUGGAUGGCCGCCACGGGCCCCAUGGCAGCCCUUCAGCUCUCCCUCGGGAUCCUCGGCUGGAAGGGGCAGGAAGCGGAGCAGUGGACUGACCAUCGCGGGCACACGUGGCAAAUCUCAGAUGCCGUGGAUGCCAACCUCACCGAGGUCGAGGAUGCCAUCAAGGACGCCGCGACCAGCCUCCUUUGGAGCCAGCGCCCAGCCACGGAUGACAUCGACCACCAGUGGGUCACCAGCACGGCAGCCCUGGUGGCCAGGGCGAGAGCUGUCAAAGACGACCCGCUUGAGCACGCUUUUUGGGUCAGAGGCAUCCUACCCAACGAAAUAUGCCCAAUCGACCCACCCCCAGAGUGGGGCAGCCUCGACGACACGCACUGGGCGGUUGGGAACUUCGGCAUGCGCACUGGCGACACCCGCUCCGUGGCAGCUGCGGUCGCGUACGCUGACGGUUCAGUCACGUCAGGCGACAAGCGCAUCGCCCGAGCAGGAUGGGGCAUAGCGCUGGAGCUGCCCGAAGACACGGGCAUCGACAUCGACGACUACCCAGGCUGGUUCAGCAUCGUGGACGGGCCCCAGACCGUCGCAGCAGCAGAGCUCGCAGCCAUCUACUGGACGCUGAAGCUCACCCACGGACCACUCGCCAUCGUCACGGACUCCCAGAUGGUGGCGGACGGGUGGCGCAGUUACAGCUAUGCCCACCCAGAGGGGGUCAGGGUCUUCCACACACGCAAGCAGGUUGAGGAAGCUACGGGCAACCGAAUGCACAAGCGGACCGACGGCAAGUGGGUCUGCCUCGAAUGCAGCAAGGGGCCUGGCAAGUUCUCCAUGGUCGACUGGAUGCGGACACAUGGGCGCAAUGCAAUGCCAAUGGUAGCCAAUAGUAGCGGGCGGGCCACCAAAGUACCCAAGACGGAGUACGCCACCCUCAUGAACCAAGGGCCGAUCCACCCAACGCACAACCUGAGCUACCUGCAUGGGUAA